CUCGGAAACCGUUGGCCGAUGCAGUCGACGGCGCCCGACGACGCCGGUGGCGACGACGUCUUCACCGAGAUCGACCUCGUGCCCAAGUCGUGUCUCUACGACAAGCCGUCGCGCGGCUUUCUCGAGCGCUUUGGCGCGUCGCCGGCCAAAGCCGUGGCGAGCAAGUACAGUAUGCCGGCGCCGAUCGUCGUCGUGGAAGAGCCACCGACGGAGCCGCCUACGACGGAGCCACCACCGUCGUUGGAAGUUAGUGAGGAUCCGGCGCCCGAAGUCGUCAUCUACGACUCACCUGUCAAGCAGCCGCCGUUGGCGUCCGUCAUGCCACCGCUGCACCGGGCCGAUGGCUCGUUCACCGCCACAAGCAGCAGCGUCAGCUCGUCUUCAUCUAGUACGAGCAGCAUGUACUUGGGCGUCACGGUUGUCGGUGCGACCAAUUUGCUCAAAGUCCAUAAAUUCGGCGUCCAAGCCCCGUACCUCGAGCUCAAGUUGAGCUGCGAAGACGCGGGGUUUCGCACCGCCGAGUACAAGAAAGGCGGCUCCGAGGCGCAUUGGCACCAGUCGUUCACACGCCGGUUGCUCUCGGUCGACGACACGACCAUGCAGCUGGCCGCGAAAGCCAGCACGACCGUCAUUGGCGAAGCCUUUGUCGUGCUGCGGUCGCUGCACCUCUCGUCGACGCCGUCAUUGCAUCGCAUUCCGCUGAUGCGGGAAAAGCACAUUGAGCCCGUCGGUGUGAUCGAGCUCCUUCUGCAACUGCUCGACAGUUUGCCGGCGGCGGCGGCGUGCCCGGUCGCGCCACUACCGACCCCGUCGCUUCUCGACAAGCCGGUCGAACCGCGGGUGACGCUCUCCAAAGUCAAGUACAACGACGUGGGCGAGAGCAGCCACUUGAGUCUCUGGGACGCGCCGGUGCGAAAAGGAACACUCAUGUUCAAGGUGCCCUACCACGCAAAGUCGUCGAGCGCUCCGAAGCGCAAGUGGGUCGUUGUCAACGACGUGCCCAAGCGCGGCCUCUGCGUCUCGUGGAGCGACCCGGAGAAGCUCGAGAAGGCGCAUCUCCUCGCGUUGCAUGACGUGCUUGAAGUCAAGACCGGUAUCAAGACCCAAGCGUUUCGACGGCAGCACGCGCAGAGCAGUAAGGGCAACACGUUCUUCCACGAAGAUGCGUGCUUCUCGCUCGUCUCGGCGUCGCGGUCCCUCGACCUCGCGGCUGCCAGCAAGGAGGAAGCUCAGGUGUGGGUGCACUGCCUCCGAAAGCUGCUCCAGCACGAGACGUCCGGCGCCGCCAUCGCGAGUGCCACCCUCUCCGAGCUCAAGACCGCCGCGCUCUCCCCGCGCGACCCAAUCGUCAAGAAAAGCGACCACACGACUUGGCUCCAUUGCCUCUUUGACGCAGCCAAGCGCAACGACGUGAGCGAGAUCUCCCGGUUUCUCCUCGACGGGUGUCCGGUCGACUUGCUCGAGGCCGAGUCGGGCGACACGAUCCUCUUUCUCGCCUGUCGCUCGGGCAACGUACCGCUCCUCGAGCUCUGCCUCAAGUGGGGCGCCAAGAACGACCCGCACCCGACGUUUGGCGACACGGCGCUGCAGAUCGCGGUCAAGGCGUCGCAGCCCGAGUGCGUCCGCCAGCUGCUCUCGAUCGCUGCGAAAAGCGACAUGGACACGGAGAUCGUCAACCACGUCGACCACGCCAACCAAGCGCCACUGCACGUGGCUGCGGGCCAAGGCGACUUGGUGUGUCUUCAGUACCUACUGCAUCACGGCGCCGACAUUUGUGUUGUCCAAAACAACGGCUUCACGCCGCUUCACUGCGCAGUGCUCUCGGGCCAUGACGCGUGUGUCCGGUACAUCCUCGACGUCGGCGGCGACGCGAUCCUCAACACGGGCGACGGCCACGGCAACACGCCACUCCACUGCGCCGUUAGCAUUGGUCACGAAGGGCUCGUAAAGCUCCUCUUGGAGAGCGCGGCUGACGUGACGAUUUUCAACGCCGACAUGUCCACACCGUACAAGAUGGCCCGCAAAGCCAAGCUCCGCGCGAUCCAAGCACUGCUUGCUACGUACGAGCCCGAGCCGAUCAAGGAAGAGGUGACACCGCCUCUCUCGGCGCGCCAGCACAUUCGGGAUACGCUGAGCAAGCAACGCCCGACCAACGUCUCGCCGUCCAAGUCGCUCAGCGCGCGCUCCAACUCGACGUUUGAGGGCGACUACGACGGCUACACGAGCGGCGGGUCGGCGUCGACGUCGCCGACGUCCUCUGCGUACAGCUACGCGUACCGAGCAGCGCCGUAUGCAGCCAAUGAGACGUACCCGACACCCGCACACGAGUAUUACCACCACAGCUACGAGUACCCGCCGGCGCCGAUCCCAUCUACCGAGUGGGACGUGAAAUAUACCGCCGACGGCCAUGUCUACUACGUCAACUUGUACACGGGCGUGUCGCAGUGGGAGUGUCCGCCGGCGCUCCAGCAUCCGCCGACGUACCCGCCGACGUACGAGUAUGCACCGCCGCCACCCGCCGCCUACGACUCUCGAAGCCAAUACAUUCGCGCUCAGCUUGGGAGCGCAAGGCAAGCCAUGGCCACGCCGCGCCACGUCACGGGGUUGGAGACGACGUCAGCAUAUGACAGCACAAGCGCGGCGUCGUCACCGACGUCGUCGCCACGCGCCAAGACGAGCUUCUCCGAGCGGCGAAAGACCGAGGGACUCUCGGUCGUCACGGCACUGCCGGCCACCAACGUCGCCCCCGAGGUUAUGCCCGUCGCCGCCGCGGAUGCGAGUGAUAUCUUUCAGCGGUCCCGCUCAAGGUCCCCGAAGGGCAAGUCCAAGACCAUCAAACUCCUCGACGUCAAGCGCUCCAACAACAUUGUCAUGACGCUUUCGGACUUUGAGUUCCAUACACAGUACGACAAGAUUGCCCAAGCCAUUAUCGACAUGGACGAAUCGGUGUUGAACCUUGAAAAAGUUCGGUGUCUCAAAAAUCUCUUUCCGACGGACGAAGAGAAGGAGAGUCUUCUCAAGUACACGGGCGACGUCUCCGACUUUGGCAAGGCCGAAAAGUUCAUGCUCGCGUGUCUUCGCGUCGACGAUAUCAACACCCGCGCCGACGCCUUUCUCUUCAAGCUCAAGUUUACCAAGUCCAUUUCUCAAGUUCGGUCGCGCAUCGACUUGAUUCUGGCUGCGAGCCGCGCCAUCUUGGAGAUGCCAGCCAUCACCACCCUCUUGCAUCAGAUGCUCGAAGACAAGAAACAAAAGCUCGCGGGCGUCGACUAUGCGGCGCGGAUCUCGACCCUUCGCGCCGAGCUCUUGCCGUCGCACGUCGCAACGCUGCAGGCGCUUCACGAUCUACCGGACCUGAGUGUCUUGUCGCGCUCGGAGCUGCAAGAAGUCCUCGACUUGCUAAGCCACGGCCUGCGGCAGUGCCAGUCGCUCUUGGGAAGCAGCAAGAAGACCUGCAUGGGUGUGACUGCGGUCGCGUCGCUCGAGACAUUUAUCAAAGUCAGCGGCGCGCAGCUCAACGACGUGAGUGAAGACUUUCGGGACGUCAAGAAGUGGGAAACCAAACUCGUGACCGAGUUUGGCGUCGUCUUGGACGAGUUCAACGCGCAAGAGGUGUUUUGCGCUGCGACGCGGCUCGCGUCAAGCGUGUAGGUACAACUAACUAUAAGAAGUAGGCCCAUAUAACAGUAGCACGUGUAGUCGAUACAAGUCGUUUUGUAUGGAUUG